CCAUCAUGUGGAAAGUCGCCGGCUUGACAACCCUCCUCUCCCUCGGAAGCUACGGCGCCGUCUGGCAAUAUCAGGCCAUGUCGGAGGCAGAGGCCAAAAAGAAAAGAAUCGCAGAGGAAGGUGAGGCUUGGGAAAAAUACAAAGAGGAGGUGUGGGAUGGAGAACAUUCCAUAUCGCCUGGUUGGGCCGUAUUCAAUGAUGCAUCGUAUCCCUUCGCGGUGCAUUACUCAUAAGGCAUUGGUGGGGUGGGUGAGUC